AUGGAGUACCUCUCAGCCUUGAACCCCAGUGGACUGCUGAGGUCGGUAUCCACUAUGGGCUCUGAGCUUGGUCAUAGGGUCUGGAACUCAACUCCACCUCAACGACCCUUCCGUGUCUGCGAUCACAAGCGGAGAGUCCGGAAAGGUCUGACAGCGGCCACCCGCGAGGAACUGCUAGAUAAGGUACUGGAGACCCUGCUGCUCAGUGGAGUGUUAACCCUGGUGCUGGAGGAGGACGGGACCGCCGUGGAGAGUGAGGACUUCUUCCAGCUGCUCGAGGAUGACACGUGCUUGAUGGUGCUAGAGCAGGGACAGAGCUGGAGCCCCAGGAGUGGGAUGUUGUUACACGGCCUAGGACGAGAGAAGCCGAAACACAGCAAAGACAUUGCCCGCAUCACCUUUGAUGUCUACAAGGAAAAUCCUCGAGACCUCUUCGGCAGCCUCAACGUCAAAGCUACAUUCUACGGGCUCUACUCCAUGAGCUGUGAUUUUCAAGGAGUUGGACCCAAAAAAGUCCUCAGGGAGCUCCUCCGUUGGACUUCCUCCCUGCUGCAAGGCCUGGGCCAUAUCCUGCUGGGCAUCUCAUCUACCCUUCGCCAUGUGGUGGAGGGGGCUGAGCGGUGGCAGUGGCAGAAGCAGAGUCACCUCCAUUAAUAAUGAAAAACGCUUUGAGCCUGUGCCGUGAGACUGGUUCCACGAGACACCCAAGAGCUAUAAGGCACCAUCGUAUCAGAAGCGGUCAGCACACUGCCUUGGUCCUCCAGCCCGCACAUUUCCUGAAGGACG